AUCAAGCAGAAAGAGGAAGAAUGUAAUAAGGCUCGGACAGCUGCGAAAGAUAGAUUUAGCCAUUCAAAUCCGCCUCCAUCUUCUGUUAUACUAAGAGGGAUGCUAUCGAAAACUACGAGAACAUAAUCUACACAUUUCAAGCUUCCAAAUAAGUCCAAUAUUGUGGUAUUCCGAAAUUCGAGAAGGUAGAAAAACAAUGGUGAAAAUUGGACUGUAAAAGGACCAAUAUACCUGGGAGCCGUAGGAGUGUGGUUGACAACGGGCUAGGGAUUGGCGUUUCGGUCGCUAUAAUAGGUCAAACUACCACAGUUGGAAAGGAGAAUAUCGGUAGUUUGAAUUUUACAAUAAAUUAACGUUAGUUACAUAGCUGUCCCAGUUAGCUAGGAACAUAACAUUGAAGCCAUGGAACUGAGAGUGGGGAACCGAUACAGACUCGGCAGAAAAAUUGGAAGUGGGUCUUUUGGAGAUAUUUAUUUGGGGACAGACAUUUCGGUGGGGGAAGAAGUGGCCAUCAAGCUGGAAUGUGUGAAAACGAAACAUCCGCAGCUCCACAUCGAGAGCAAGAUCUACAAGAUGAUGCAGGGGGGAGUUGGCAUUCCAACAAUCAAGUGGUGUGGAGCGGAGGGGGACUACAACGUGAUGGUGAUGGAGCUGCUGGGGCCCAGCCUGGAGGACCUCUUCAACUUCUGCUCGCGGAAGUUCAGCCUGAAGACCGUCUUACUGCUGGCUGACCAGAUGAUCAGUCGCAUCGAGUACAUCCACUCCAAGAACUUCAUCCACAGAGACGUGAAGCCCGACAACUUCCUAAUGGGUCUCGGGAAGAAGGGAAACCUUGUUUACAUCAUCGACUUUGGCCUGGCCAAGAAGUACCGGGAUGCCCGCACACACCAGCACAUCCCCUACCGCGAGAACAAGAACCUGACUGGCACUGCCCGCUACGCAUCCAUCAACACACACCUGGGCAUCGAGCAAUCCCGUCGUGAUGACCUGGAGUCUCUUGGCUACGUGCUGAUGUAUUUCAACCUGGGGUCUCUGCCCUGGCAAGGCCUGAAGGCCGCCACCAAGAGGCAGAAAUAUGAGCGCAUCAGUGAGAAGAAAAUGUCCACUCCCAUAGAGGUCCUUUGCAAGGGAUACCCAUCUGAAUUCGCCACGUACCUCAACUUCUGUCGCUCCCUGCGCUUCGACGACAAGCCCGACUACUCCUACUUGAGACAGCUCUUCAGGAACCUCUUCCACAGACAGGGCUUCUCCUACGACUACGUCUUCGACUGGAACAUGCUGAAGUUUGGGGCCAACCGGGCGGCCGAGGACGCGGAGCGUGAGCGGAGAGACCGGGAGGACCGGCUGAGGCACGGCAGGAACCCCGGGCCCAGAGGAAUGCCCUCCGCCUCGGCCAGACCCAGGGGGGCACAGGACGCCGCGGCCCCGGCCCCUCUCAACCCUGCCUCACACACAGGAAUGGAGCGAGAGAGGAAGGUGAGCAUGAGAUUACACCGCGGAGCCCCCGUCAACAUCUCCUCCUCUGACCUGACCGGGCGGCAGGAUACCUCCCGCAUGUCCACCUCACAGAUCCUGUCUCGCGUGAACCCUAGCGGUCUCCACUCUGCUGUACCUCGAUGAGGCACCACUUCGCGCCACGGAGGCGGACAAUGCAUGGCUGAUUGUCACUAGUGCUAUUCCAACAACCUCACUUCCACAGCAGCUGAAGUAAAACCAGCUCCUCUUUCAACUACACCGAACGACUUUCUGGCCUUUUUAAAUCGUCUCUGACACGCGCACACACUUCUCAGACGUACGCACGGACACACACACACACACACACACACACACACACACACACACACACACACACACACACUUCUCGGACGUACGCACGGACACACGCACACACACACACACACACACACACACUUCUCGGACACACACACACACACACACACACACACAUGCACACACGGAGACACACACACACACACUCUCUCACUGAACGGGACAAGGCCUACGUGUGUGCGUUGUUGCUGGCACAUGAAGAGGACUGCUCUUGAGAGCUGCUGCUGUCUGCCACCGCCAUGGCCUUCCAGGGACGCUUCACCAUGCGAGCCGGUCUCACUCUACCUUCUACCGCCAUUCAUCUGCCCCCCACCCCCCGCUGGAAAAACCUGUUCAUAGUCCUGUUGUGCUUUCACGCAGUAAAUAUCAUGUCCGUUCGCCUCUCCAGUCUUUCACUUCUUUUCUAUCAAUGCAGUCGGUUUAGAGUGGUAGUCUGUUCCAUUUUUCUUGUCUGAAUUCGUAGGCAGAAAUCCACUUAAUAAAAUGGCAAAUAUGCAGAUGCUUAUUUUAAUUUUAAUUGGCCCAUUUUUUAAAAUUAUUUAAUCAUUUUAAGAUCCCUCAAUAACUUGGUUUCCCAUCUAAGCCUAUGGUGUGUUUUAUUGGUGAUCACUGCUGUUCAGUUUAGCUAACUUCAAGUCAGGAACAGACAUAUGGAAACACAACUGCAAACCUUCAUUGGGGAAACCAGCAUUUGCAGCUUGAAGCAGUGGUUUUGUUGAUCUUUCUUCAUCUGAUAUUUGGGUUAUUCUUUUGAGGGCUUUUGUUUCCUGUUACUAUGUCAAACGCCUACUUCUCUUGACUGUUGCUGUACAGUAUAUUGCAUUCCUUUCUAUUUUUUAUUUUAAAACUGUGAAAUAUGUGUAUUAUAGAAAUGUAAAUGUUUUUGAUUUUUGGAUUUUGCCCAAGUCCCCGGCCCUGCCGUCAGUAAUGGGACCUCUGAGCCAGGCGAUUUCAGUGCUCCUGCCUCCAGGCUCUUUAAUCAAGUGGCCUCUCUUCUUCUAGAAUAUUCUCGGCAGAGGACCUCCACACCUCAAAGCCGGAUCAGCAGAAAUCGAGCACCUGUCGCCAUAGACUGUUUUUAAACAUUUGUAUGUAAUCUUUUUUUUUUUUUUUUUUUUUCUUUUAAAGUUUUAGCUUGUAACUUUGAAAGUGAUCUAUUGGGUUAAAGGAUGUCUCACAUUACGAAGGCUCUCAGUACAGUACCUGCAGAACCCUCUAAUAGGACUUCUGGUGCGACGUGUGUGGGCUUGCAUGUUCUGUUAGUUAGGUAAUACUUUGUGGAAUAAGUGAGAGAGGCUGCCUAUAUCCUUAUCAAGUUAAUAAAAGUGACUACUUCACUAUUGUGGAGGAAGGGGCACAGUUGGAUUAUCUCUGGAUUCUGUUUGUCACUGUUGUGGAGGGAUGGUGUACAGUUUUAUGAGCUCUGGACUCUUGGGGGAAUACUAUAGGAUGUUUGAUGGCAAAGUACUAUUAACAUAAGCAGUGCCGACCUUGGUAGCUGUUUGUGUGUGGUCUCAACAAAUUGUGAAUGCACCGACACUCGGUUUUUGUUUUGGUAAAAUCUUCCAGCGAGUGUACUCUGAAUUAUUUUAUUUUUUUCGUCCCCCUCCCCCCCCUCCCCGGUUUAGAUCAGUGAAUGCAGAUCACAGCUUUUUGGAUCUGUGAGUUAUGACAUUGGCCUUUUAAAUGUAUCUGUAAUGGUACGUAAUGAAUCCAUCUCUGGCUGUGUGGGGCAGUACAGCGCUGCUCUCCCUCUCUCUCUCCCUGGUUUCUUCCUCCACUCUCCCCACAGUUCUGGUGUUCCCCUCCCGGCCGGUCGUGCCCCGCCUCCUGACAUCACACUCUGCUGUAUCCUGUGUAAUUAUGGUAACCUAGACCUGUAAGAGUUUCUCAUUUGUAUUGCCACUGUAUUUGUGUACUUUAAAAUUGUGUAAAUAAAUUAAGUACUUCUA